GUCCAGAGACAUUACCGGCUAUAAACUCAGGUUUUAACGCAGAAUACAAGGUGGCUUGGCUGAAAAUUCUUCCGUCCACCACUUUAUCAUGACCAUUACCCUAUUCGGCAUUCCACUUCUGAUGAUCGUCCUGAUGGGAACCGGGAGUUUGAUUGACGGGACUCUUCCCAAAGCUCCUCAGAUUACCAGCCCCUUGGAGACAGUGGACGCUCUGGUUGAAGAUGAAGCUUCUUUCCUGUGUGGUGUGGAGUCAUAUCCAGCAGCUGAGAUAACUUGGACUCGUAAUAACAUUCCAAUAAGACCGUUUGACACACGCUACAGCACGAAAGAAAAUGGCCAGAUAUUAACUAUUCUCAGUGUUGAAGAUACAGAUAAUGGAGUGUAUUGCUGCACGGCAAACAAUGGUGUAGGGAGCUCUGUGCAAAGCUGUGGAGCCCUGCAGGUGAAAAUGAAACCAAAGAUCACUCGACCACCCACUGAUGUCAGAGUGUUGCUAGGAUCAAAGGUUGUGUUACCUUGUAGCACAAUGGGCAACCCAAAGCCAGCCAUUUCAUGGAUUAAAGAUGAAACUGCACUCAAAAAAGAUCGCCCUCGAACAUCUGUCCUUGAGUCUGGGAACUUAAGAAUUCGCAGUGUUCAAAUUGAAGAUGCAGGACAAUAUCGUUGUCUGGCACGGAACAGUCUGGGCUUGGAAUAUUCCAGAUCAGUAACUUUGGAAGUUCAGGUCCCUGCCAGAAUCGUGAAGGCUCCUACAUCGCAGAAUGUCAGUUUUGGGUCUGAGGUGACUCUGCAAUGCAAAGCCACAGGUGUCCCUAUUCCCACAAUCAAGUGGUUAGAGAAUGGAAAACCAGUUUCCAUGGUCUUGAUUGAGAACCGCAUUAAGGGGGAAGUGAUGGAGUCGAGGUUGCGAGUGCAUGUUACCAGGCCUUCACUGUUCACUUGCUUGACGACAAACAAACACAAUGAAGGGAGUACAACGGCAAAAGCCACUGCUACACUCGGCAUCACAGAGUGGAGGCUGUACAAAGGUGACUUGGGCUAUUGCAGUAUCUAUCGUGGUGAGGUAUGCAAAGACAUACUGGGCAAAGACAAACUCGUUUUCUUCAACUCUUCUCAUGCCGAUGCAGAGGGGACACAAGAGUCAAUGACCAAGAGCGCCUGGACGGAAUUGGAUGGUGUGAGCUUGCUGUGCAAACCAGCUGCUGAGGCGUUGUUGUGUCACUACAUUUACCAGGAUUGCAAUCCAUCUGGUCUGGGGCCUGCUCCGAAACCGGUGUGUCGUGAACACUGUCUGGCAGUGAAAGAGCUUUAUUGCUACAAAGAGUGGCUCUCUAUGGAAGAACAUUCACGCAAAGGAAUUUACUCUGCAAGGCUGAAGCUACCCGACUGCGACAGGCUUCCUAGCCUACACCAAGAUCCUGAUGCAUGCACCAAAGUCUCGUUUCUUGACAUAAAGCGAGGACUCAUUACCAAAGUGUGUUACAGUGACAACGGAAGGUUCUACCAAGGUAUGGUAAAUGUAACAGCAUCUGGAAUCCCAUGUCAGAAGUGGAGUGAACAGGCUCCCCAUUUCCACAGGCGUAUGCCAGAGUUAUUCCCAGAGCUGACCAACUCAGACAACUACUGCCGUAACCCAGGAGGUGAGAGUGAGCGCCCUUGGUGUUAUACCAUGGAUCAAACAGUCAGAUGGGAAUUCUGCAACGUGCCUCUCUGUACCAAUGCUACCUCAGUAAUGGGUGUGGAGCCUAAAGCAGGAACAUUAGAUACACCCACUCUCACUUCUGCAACCUAUUCUAUGACCAUCAUCAUUUCCAUAAUCUCAAGCAUCGCAGCUUCUGUUCUCUUGAUAGUUAUAAUUUUUACUUGUCACCGUCGUCAAAAGGAAUGGCAGAACAGGAAAAGCUACAGAGGAACUGAAACACCUACUCUGACAGCUCUUCCAUCAGAGCUGUUACUGGAUAGACUUCAUCCCAACCCAAUGUACCAGCGGCUUCCCCUCCUUCUAAAUCCUAAACUGCUGAGCCUUGAGUAUCCAAGAAAUAAUAUCGAGUACGUGAGGGAUAUUGGAGAGGGAGCUUUUGGAAGAGUGUUCCAGGCCAGAGCCCCUCAGCUGUUGGAACAAGAGACUUCCACCAUGGUGGCCGUGAAGAUGCUGAAAGAAGAGGCUUCGCCUGACAUGCAAGCAGAUUUCCAGAGAGAGGCAGCCCUCAUGGCAGAGUUUGACCACCCAAACAUUGUCAAAUUAUUAGGGGUGUGUGCAGUCGGAAAGCCAAUGUGUCUGCUUUUCGAGUACAUGGCCUACGGAGACCUGAACGAGUUCUUACGCACGAGGUCAGCCGUUAACAUCCGCACCUUAAGUCAGGCCAGUUCCUCGCAGCGAAGUAUCGGCUCAGGCAUGGACCUGAUGCCCCUCAGCUGCGCAGACCAGCUCAACAUCGCCAAGCAGAUCUCAGCUGGCAUGACCUACCUGUCUGAACGCAAGUUUGUCCACCGGGACCUAGCCACACGCAACUGUUUGGUGGGGGAGAACCUGGUGGUGAAGAUUGCAGACUUCGGACUCUCCAGGAAUAUCUACUCUGCGGACUAUUACAAAGCCAAUGAGAAUGAUGCCAUCCCCAUCAGGUGGAUGCCUCCUGAAUCUAUAUUCUUCAACCGUUACACGACUGAAUCUGACGUCUGGGCUUACGGCGUGGUCCUCUGGGAAAUCUUCUCCUCUGGCAUGCAACCCUACUAUGGUAUGGCCCACGAGGAGGUGAUUUACUACGUCCGAGAUGGAAACAUCCUGUCAUGUCCGGAGAACUGCCCGCCUGAGCUGUACAACUUGAUGCGCCUCUGCUGGAGUACCAUGCCAUCCGACAGGCCGAGAUUUGCGAGCAUUCAUCGCAUUCUGGAGCGCAUGCAUGAAAGAAUGACUGUUGCAGUGCCCGUCUAA